AAACUCGUAAGAUGAGGGAAGAUAUCCAGCGUCGACGACAGGAAGCGGAGGCCAAACGCAAGAAGGCGGAAUCAGAAAAUCAGUCAAUCUACUCCAUUCCAAAGUACAACAUUGCUGAAAGUAUUACCAGAGCCAAGCAGGAGAAGAUGCAGACCUCAGCCGAGAUCAUGGCAGAGAGAGAGAAAAGGAUUGAGGAGAACUUCCCUCAGAUACGCAUCAGCGCCCGCGAUUCUGAAGAGCGCCUCCGUGAGAUUGCGGAGAUCCUUCACGCCAAGCUGGUGGAGGUCUAUGGUGAUAUCUAUGACCUUGAACAGAGGAAGGAGAGACAGGAAUAUGAUCUCAACGAGAUGAAUGCUCGCAUCAAAGAUCUAGUCAAGCAUAAGACUGUGAAUGUUGUUCCAACAGUUGAUCAAGGCCGAGUCAGCAUGCUGAAGGAAAAGGGAUUCUCUUUUGAUGACAAGGCUGCAAAGCAGAAACAGAACGUUGAUCUGAAGGCAAGCCUGCCCUCUAGUGGUCACAUAGCUGACAGGCUUCAGAAGCUGCAAGAUAAUCUCAAGAAGGAUGCGGAGAUUCCUGAUAAGACUGCUAAGAAAGAGCCGAUCAAGCUGACCUACAGUUCUGCAGAACAACUGAGAGAGGAUUUGGAAGAAAGCAAGAGAGAGGCGGAGAAGUUCAAGAUUCAGAGGGAGGAGAAUCGUAAGCAGAGGGAGGCAGAGAUUCGUAAGAUGGAGGAGCAGCACGAAGAACGAACGAAGAAAGCUGAAGAGGAACGUAAGAAGCAGAUGGAGGAAAGAGAACGCUUGAAGAAGGAGAAGGAAGAGAAGGAGAGGGCUAAGAGGAAUAUGAUGAGCCCCUCUGGAGCCCCUAUCAACAUCUCUAAAGUAGUAUCACAGACCAAGGCCAAGAACCGCAAGGAAACCAUUGCUGACCGAGUCCCGACAAUGACCAUCUCGAGCACAACCACAGAGGUUGAGCUGCGGAACUUUGCCAACGACCUCUACAACAGACUCAAGACUACCUUGGGGGAUGUCUUUGAUCUGAAUGAACAGAAGAAAAAGAAUGAAUACUAUCUGAAUGAACUGAAUGAGCGAGUUGAUGUUGUAAAGACUCCCAAGUCUUCACCUGUUGUGAGCACUGGAAUUGUGAGUAAGUUUAAAGACGGAGGAGCGUGGUCCCCAAAGAAACAGAACGAGACUGGUAAACCGUUCAAACCCAAGGAGCUUGGUGGCAUCGCCUCUGAGGGCGGGGUGCGAGGGCGCUUGGCCAUGUUCUCUGGGGGAGGAGACACCACAGACUCACCCCCUAAGAAAUCUGCACCAGCAAAAAUCAACAUCUACAAGUAACAUGGGCAAGAUGCGAAAUACUUGGGAAAUACUUGGAACAAGGACAAACCUAAUUAUUAGAUCUUUUAUCUUUUUAUAGAAAUUUGCUUUGAUGUAACUAUGUAUUUAUCAUUAAUAUUUAUCAUUCCUAGAAUGCGAUGUUAAGAUUUAAUGUGUUCCAGUUUUUCAAAAGUCUUCCCCCACAAUCUUUUAUUGCAUAAUUGUUAUUUAGAGCCUCAUAUUGAUAUUUACUAUUCAUAAAUACCAAUGUGGAGAUUGGGAUUUGCUUAUCUUAAAAUGAUGAGAUGAACUAUUUUAAAGGGGUAAUGAUUUUAUUGCCUUUAGUGAGUUAGCAUUCUUCAUGAGAAUGUCAUGGUAUGAAUUUCAAUCGAAUUUCAGGGGACUCUUUUAGAGUUAUAUUAUUACAAUAUCUGUGAGUAUGAUUCUUAUUAUAUCCCUGACAAUAACCUUCUUUUUAUUUUAUCACUUUUAAAAGCUUACUUUAGGUGUGUAAGCUAAAGUUAAUAUUGAGGUCAAUAGCUGCUUUUUUUAAAUGAUACGAAGUGCGUUUUAUAAUUUUCAGAAAGGAGGAUUUAUUCUACAUAUUCUCAAAAGCAAGGCUACUUUUUUUUAGAUAACAAGGGUAUUUAUCACAUCAUUGUUCAAAGUUUUAAGAUAUUUCGUAAUUGCUAAAAUCUGUUAAUUUCAGGAUAGUUAUUCAGUAUAAUAACUGUUGCAAGUUGAUUUUCCUCACCUAAUAUUAUGCAGAAUGUUCAUUCGAUAUAAAGCUUGAUUGAUUAAUGUAUACAGAAAAUACUGCUACUACAUUUGAUUAGCAUUGCAUAUUAUGUAUUUAUCUUCUAUCCAUUCUCUAAUUGAAAAUAUAUGUAUAACAAUCAUUUCCAAUUUUUGACCAUUUUAGUAACAGUACUCUUUAAUAAGAAGAUUUAGAAAUGACCAACAUUGGUGCUAGCAUUUUAGUUGAAACUGUACAUCUACAUGUAUGAAUAUGUUACUUUCUAUCAUUAUUGUUAUAAUUUCAAAAUUUUAGAAACAUGAUAUAGAUUUUAGAUGCUAUGUGGUUUAUAUUCACAGUAUUAUUUGAUUAUAAAUGGAUAUUACUCAGAGUACAUGUAUUAAGAGUGACCUUGCAUUGGUGCUAGUCUCUAGAUGAGAAUUUACUAAUUCUAUUUUACUUUUGUAUUUUUAAAAUGUAAUCAUUUUAUUAAUUGUAGAUAAUGUUUGAAGGUCUACAGGGGUAAACAAUGUGUAAAGUCCUUGAAGGACUGAAAUACAAGUGGAUAGAGAUACAUGUAGAAGUGAAAUUGAAAGGCGAGAAAGUGGAGGUUAGGAAGUAGAAUAUUCUUUUCAGUCCUUAAAAGAACUGUAAACCUGGGCCCCGUCUUACAAAGAGAUACGAUUGAUCCAAUCAAUCGAAACUCUAUGGAAAUCCAUCAGUAUCAUAAUUUUUUCUACAGGAAAAUUUGCAAAAUGUCCUUCGUAAACAAAGGCAGACACACCAAAUUGUCAAGAAAACAAUGAAUUUAUGUAAUAUACAUAUCUAGAAAACAUUUUGAACAAACAUGCAUUUUAGAUGUUGACAUUGCUGGCUUUCCAUAGUUACGAUUGAUCAGAUCAAUCGCAGCUCUUUGUAAGAUGGGGCCCAGAAUGGGUGGAAAGCUUGAGUAGUAGGCAGGGUGAGAGGCUUUAGUCGAAGGCUUGAGUAGGAGGCUGGUUGGAUUGGAGAGAUUGAGAGAGAGUCUCUUGAGUAGAUGAGAGAAUGGAGCUGUCGAGCAGAAUCAGAAGAGAAGACUUGACGUUUCUGACAGAGUGACUGCCCAUCUUCCGCCAUUGUAAUUAUAUUCAUUGUUCCUUUGAAAGCAGGAUAUAAAUGUAGUUAAUGCUGCGGUAACACCAACGAAACCGACUCCAAACCGACCGAUGGUAUGUCAUUGGUAAUAACGUAAUAGCUUUGAUCGGUCUAGAGUCGGUUUCGUUGGUGUGACUGUAACCGAAACCGACUCCAAACCGACCGAUGGUACGUCAUUGGUAAUAACGUAAUAGCUUUGAUUGGUCUGGAGUCAGUUUGGUCUGUGUAACUGUAGCAUUAUAGUAUGUGGCACUAUGUGCUGUUAUAGGUUUUUACAGUAUUAUGCAACUAAUUACAUCAAGUAGAUGUGCUACAUGUAACCCAGAAAAACAUGAAAAAUAUAGUAACCACUUUAAUAGAGA